AUGUCGUCCUACAGACAGAUGGUCAGCUCCCGCUGCCUUGCACCCUGUGAAGUGACCUGCCCGCAGCCAAUUGCCAAUGCCUGGAGCCAGCCCUGUGUUACAUCCUGUGGUGAUUCGAGAGCUGUGAUCUACCCACCACCUGUGGUCAUGACCUUCCCAGGACCCAUUCUCAGCUCCUGCCCUCAGGAGAGUGUGGUGGGCAGCUCAGCACCAUCCAGCCUCGGAAGCUUGUUUGGAUCCAUAGGUGCUUCCUAUGGUUCUAGGAGCUUGUACAAUUAUGGGAGGUCAUAUUCUUCCUAUGGAUCCAGUGGUUUUGGCAGCUGCAGACCAUGCUAA